AUGCCUUCGUCAGUCCAAUUUAGUGAGCUCGCUGUAGAGCUGAUCAUCAAAAUACUAUUGCAUCUGGACGUGCAGACGCUAGUAUCGUGUCGCCUGGUAGACCACUUUCUCAAAGCCGUCAUCGACGAUUCAGUAGCUCUGCAAUACAAGAUAGAGUUAUUCGCUGCAGGCAUGGAGGAUGGACCUGCGUGCCACAUGGAUAUUGCAGAACGACUGCAGCGGCUGAAGCGCCACACCUCGGCCUGGGAGGACCUUAGAUGGGAAAGCUAUGCAAAUCUGCUUUUCACAGACCUGCCCCUGCUUGACUGGCACAUGCAUGCGAGCGUCUUGGCGCGCAUGUGCGGUACUCGCGGUACCGAAAUUUCUCUUGUAUUCGACAGGCUACCUGGACAUGCCCGAGGCAUCCAGAUGAAAUCGUGGUCGCUGGACAAUAUUGAUCCCGACACGCACACUUUCGAUAUGGAUAUUGGACAGGACCUUCUUGUGGUGGUCAGUGACAGAGGGGACGGCCGAUGCCAUCUCUUACAAUUAUCUACGGGCGAGCCUCAUCCCAACGCCGCGAAAGCCAUUUUAGAGCCUCUCCUACCGUCGUUGUUCCCUGGAAGUACCUUUGAGGCUGCCACAAUCUCAGGGGCCUAUGUCGGUAUGAUGCUGGAAGCUUAUGGUGGAGACAGGCCCGGCAAAAGCAUAUUAGUCUUCAACUGGAAGACAUGUAGCCCAAUCCUCUGGCUCUGGUCGAAUAUCACCGUGAUUGAUUCGUUCGUCUUCCUUACUGAGCGCUUUGUCCUGCUGUCGGUCUGCCUGGAGAAUACUUGGGUUUACAAGGUCUACGAUCUGGAGCACCCCCCUGCUCUCGGCAUUCGUCAUGAGGCGGCCCAGAGUUUCUGCACCUUCCUGAAUCCCAAUCACGGCCUGAGCUUGUUAUUUGCACGCCUACAAGUAGCCCCAACCCCGGCCUGGUCCCCCGGCGAAGACCCACAAAUCCCAUUCUUCCCUGCCCGCGGCGAGAGGAUCAUCCUCGCGAACAUCGAGUUCUCAGGCCCCGAGUUCGAGCAGAUGGAAGUGGAGGAUGGCGCACUCGAGGCCCCUUUCGACCCGGACGGGCGCGACUACUCCCACUUUAUCCCAGCCUCUGUAUUGAUCUCUCGUCUGCAACCCGGGAGGACGUGGGAGUGGUGUGAAUGGGGGCCGCAUUCAACCUGUCUGAAAGAGGACCUCGCGACGAUAACCUCGGGCGGCCGUGUCGUAGGGGGCAACAGGUUCGCGCUGGCCCUGAAGCAGCCCGACUCGAGCGACCAACGGGUGGACUUCUUCGACUUCAAUCGGAGUCAGCGUCGUGAACGCGUAGAAGGGGAUUCUCUGGAUCGGGCUUUCGUGCAUUGGGUAGGAGAGGAUCAUGUGAACGAAUACAGGCUUGAGACUGCUUUGCCGUAUAUUUCCAAUGCUAUUCGGCUUCCCUACGGUCAAACGGAGAUAAUGCGGCCCAGCGAGACCCUGGUCUCGCUUUACGAGGAUGGCAUCGUUCUUGCCUCAACGGACGAAGUCUUUCAUGUAUUGAUAUUCUGA